UGGUUUAAAAAUAGAAACAGCUCACCAGAAGAUUCAGAUCCAUAUUAUCGCUGCCUGUAAUUUCUGAGCUGCUCAAUCCUUUCUAGACGUACUUCGGUUACCAUUGUUUGUUUAAAGAUGAACUUCCAAAAACGAUGUACAAUUGCGGCCUUGCUGUUGGUUUUACCUGGCUUUUGUGUCUUGGAGGAUAAAAGACAUUUAAUAUGGGAGCAAUGCACAGAUGAUCUUUUUGAGACAGAAGUAAAUGGAAUGGUUCUGCUUAACCAUUCGUUCCGCUUGCUUAAAGCAGAAAUGCCGAUUCUUUGUUUAUUUGUAUGUAAAUCGAACAAAGACUGUGUUUCGUUCAAUAUUGCUCCUUCCAAUGAAGCCGAAGGAUGGUUUUCUUGUGAGCUUAAUCAGGCCGACAGAUAUAGUUCCCCACAAGAUUUCCAAGAAAGAAAAGGAUUCUCGUACAGAGGAAUAAAGAAUCCAUGUUUGAAUAACGGUGUUUGCGAAGGAAACAAGACUUGUACACGGCUAGGGUACGACCUAACGAAGCACACUUGUCUCUGCCCAAAUGGAUAUUUUGGCCAGAGCUGUGAAAAGGAUAUUGAUGAAUGUGCUAGCAAUAAUCUGCAUAAUUGCACACUUGAAAACCCAGGUGUCAAAUGUAAUAAUACCCCUGGGUCUUUCAAGUGCAUUUGUGCAGAAGGUUACGUCGGUGAUGGAAUCAACUGUGCAAAAAUGGUCUCGUGGAUCAAAAUAAAUGUAGAUCCUGUGUGCCUUGGUGUUCCAAAUGACGGCUAUGGGACGGUUACUGUUCCUUUUGAUGCAACAGUAAAACAGUUGAAGCUCGUUCAUCUCUUGGGGGGAGUCUCCCAGACUAAUGACCCUGUAACGGCCCGAAACUGGGGAGAUAAUAGUACACCACAGUCACUUCAGCUGGUAAUAACUGACGAAAAUAAGAAUGUAAUUGCACCUUAUCCCGACUAUCCCGGAGAUCAUUUUCUAUUUUUCACCAUUGACAACAUAACUGUGUCAAGUCCCGAAUUGAUUUACCCUAUUUCUGAUCCUCCUUUGACAAUUAAAAAAAAUGCAAAACUCAUGAUCUGGUAUAUCGCAAAACUUUACGACAUUGAUAGUGGCAGUUACGUUAAAACAUGUGCAGAUUUAUAUAUUCGUGUGUAAGAUCGGUAGCGGUUUUAGACGAUGUUAAGUAGUGUUUAAAAAACGAGUAGGAGUGUUUUAUCAGGUAUAAAAG